AUGAAGCCCCUCGCGCACUCCCUCCACGCCGCCGUCGACCGCCGCUGGCUGCUCCCUCUGGCCAUCGGCUCCGCGCUCUCUCUCCUCCUCCUCGUCGCGCUCACCACCUUCCCCUCGCCCUUCCCCUCCACCUCCGCGCCCUCCUCCUCGUCGCUCUUCGUGGAGCACAAGCUGUCCCCCUCCCCGCCGUCCCCCACCGCCGAGGCCUCGCCGCCCCGCAUCGCCUUCCUCAUCUCCGGAUCCGCGGGGGACGCCUCUGCGCUCCGCCGCGUCCUCCUCGCGCUCUACCACCCCAGGAACCGCUACAUCCUGCACCUCGAUGCCGAGGCGCCCGACUCCGACCGCAGGAGCCUCGCCGCCGACCUCGCUUCCCACCCCGCCAUCGCCGCCGCAGCCAACGUGCGCGUCGUCGACCGUGCUAACCUCGUCACCUACCGCGGACCCACCAUGGUCGCCAACACGCUCCACGCCGCCGCCGCCUUCUUGUGGGGCCACGCCGGCGACGGCGGCUCACACUGGGAUUGGUUCAUCAACCUCUCCGCCUCCGAUUACCCGCUCGUCACGCAGGAUGAUCUGAUACAUGUAUUCUCCAAGCUGCCGCGCGAUCUCAACUUCAUCGAUCACACCAGCGACAUUGGAUGGAAGGAGUUUCAGAGGGCAAAGCCGGUCAUCAUUGAUCCAGGGCUCUACAUGAAGAAGAAGGCCGACGUGUUCUGGAUUCCACAGAGGCGGAGCGUCCCUACAGCAUUCAAGCUCUUCACUGGUUCUGCUUGGAUGGCACUGUCUAGGCCCUUUGUUGAAUACUGCAUAUGGGGCUGGGAUAACCUACCUCGCACAGUGCUCAUGUACUAUUCCAAUUUCAUCUCCUCGCCUGAAGGAUACUUCCACACUGUGGUCUGCAACGCCGACGAAUUCAAGAACACAACUGUGAACCAUGACCUGCAUUACAUCUCAUGGGACAACCCUCCGAAGCAGCACCCACACUACCUGACGGUCGAGGACUUGGACAGGAUGGUUGCCAGCGACGCGCCGUUCGCUCGGAAGUUCCACGAGGACGAUCCGGUGCUGGACAAGAUAGAUGAGGAGAUUCUGAGCCGUGGCGUAGACAUGCCGACUCCAGGAGGCUGGUGUGCUGGAACACGGGAGAACGGGAGUGACCCUUGCUCAGUGAUUGGAAACACCAGCCUCCUUGAGCCUGGCCGCGGAGCUGCACGGCUGCAGCGGCUGAUCACGUCAUUGCUGUCGGAGGAGAAGUUCCACCCAAGGCAGUGCAAGUAG